AUGGUCCCCAAGGUUGGAAUCAACGGUUUCGGUCGUAUCGGCCGCAUUGUAAGUGCUCCCCUCGGUUCUCCUAAUCGGCUCUUUGAGGCCCUACGUGAUAUUGAGGCUCAUGCUGACUUUGGCCUCCAGGUCUUCCGCAAUGCCAUCGCUGACGGCAACGUCGAAGUUGUCGCUGUCAACGACCCCUUCAUCGAGACCCACUACGCUAAUCUGGGCUCUCCAGUCAGCCGCGAGGACGAUGGAGCCUACAUGCUCAAGUACGACAGCACCCACGGUCAGUUCAAGGGUACCAUCGAGGUUGAUGGCACCAACGGCCUGAUUGUCAAUGGCAAGAAGGUCCGCUUCUACACUGAGCGCGACCCCUCCAACAUCCCCUGGUCCGAGACCGGCGCUGCCUACGUUGUCGAGUCCACCGGUGUCUUCACCACCCAGGAGAAGGCCUCCGCUCACUUGAAGGGUGGUGCCAAGAAGGUCAUCAUCUCUGCCCCCUCCGCUGAUGCCCCCAUGUUCGUUAUGGGUGUCAACAACACCGAGUACAAGUCCGACAUCAACGUUCUGUCCAACGCUUCUUGCACCACCAACUGCCUUGCCCCCCUCGCCAAGGUUAUCAACGACAACUUCGGUCUGGUCGAGGGUCUCAUGACCACCGUCCACUCCUACACUGCCACCCAGAAGACCGUCGACGGUCCCUCCGCUAAGGACUGGCGUGGUGGCCGCACUGCGGCCCAGAACAUCAUCCCCUCCUCCACUGGUGCUGCCAAGGCUGUCGGCAAGGUCAUCCCUGCUCUCAACGGCAAGCUGACCGGCAUGGCCAUGCGUGUCCCCACCGCCAACGUUUCCGUUGUCGACCUGACCUGCCGCAUUGAGAAGUCUGCCACCUACGACGAGAUCAAGGCUGUCGUCAAGAAGGCCUCUGAGAACGAGAUGAAGGGCAUUCUUGGCUACACCGAGGACGACAUUGUCUCCACCGACCUUAACGGUGAUGACCACUCUUCCAUCUUCGACGCCAAGGCCGGUAUUGCUCUGAACUCCAACUUCAUCAAGCUGGUCUCCUGGUACGACAACGAGUGGGGCUACUCCCACCGUGUUGUUGACCUGAUCGCCUACAUUGCCAAGGUUGAUGGUCAGUAG